GUAUCGCGUGGUGAUUUGCGUAAACGUCACUUCUCUCGAAGGCGGCCGUAACCUAAAAUAGAGAGCGAGUCGCAUUACGCUUAUUCACGCGACAGUCGACAGAGUUGUUUUCAGUGCUAGUGAAAGUUGUUGAAGAAAAGCGAAAAGAAUCGUCAAUGAACCGACCAUGACGGAAUGGUACCAAGCAAAGAUUCUACGUCUGUGCGAAUUGAACAAUGUCGAGGAAAAGAAGGACGUUUUAACGGACAUCAAGAUCAAAUUCGGCAGUUUGAACAACCGAGAUGCCGAACAGAUCGCCCGGGGCUUGGAUUACGAACCGCUUUAUUCGCAAUUAACCUCCAGUGACAGAGAAGUUAUAGAGCAAAUAUGUGACAUUCUGACUAUUCUGUUCAGCGUGCUAGAACCUGGGGAAAUUUAUCAAAGAUAUUUAGUCGAAGUAUCUACUUUGAUAACUAAUCCAAAUGCCAAUGUAAGGUUGCUUGUGCUACAUGAAUUUAUGCGCACAGCUUCACAUCCACAAAAGAUAUUCCAGUUGCUCGCAGAUACAACUCUUCUGAUUUCAAUAAUAAAUAGAAUUAGUGACAAUGAUUUAACAGUCGCUGAAUGUGCGAUGAAUAUAGUGAAAAAAGUUGGAAGGAAUCCAAAUGGCUUACACAUUCUGUAUAAGGGUGAACUUCUGAGAACAUUUGCUAGAUUAUUGCAGAAUGAUACUAUUAGCUUUCGCGUUUACGAAGUUAUAGUGGACAUUGCCAAGACGUCCAGAGAAGCUUUGGAAGUAUCUGCUCAAUCAGGCUUCUUGAACAGUUUAAUUAAUGUACUGGAGAAUGAAGACAUACUGCUUCAAUUAAACGCCUUGGAAAUAUUGACUCAAUUGGCGAUAUUCGAGGAGGGUCUCAGCUACCUGGAGCAGCAGGAAGUAUUGAGUAAGCUGGUUCAAAAGAUAGCGCAGGCCAAUGAAAAUCCUUUGUCAAAUCUUUUGAUUCCCGGUCUGAUGAAGUUCUUUGGUAAUGUAGCGCGUCAUUGGCCCAAUGAGUUGUUCUCCAAAUAUCCUAUGAUAAUUUCCGCGCUAUUCGAGGUAAUAGAUAGCGGGGAUCAGAACAUCCUUGGCUCCGCAUUGGACACCCUGGGAUUCGUGUCUGUGAGCGUCGAAGGCAAAUACGCAUUGCAAGCUCUAGGGGACGCGAUGCCUGGUGCUCUGAAGAAGAUCGGCGAGAUAGUGCAGAGGAUGCCGACCGCUUUGCGAAUUCGCGGCCUGAACAAUCUCGUCCUUAUACUCGAGGUCAAGAGAGACGAACAGGACAACAGAAUCUUGUCUCUGACGAAGAUGUGGUUCGAUUCCUUAUGUGAUGAUCCAUUGAGUAUGAUUGUAGGGAUAUGCAGACAACCGUUUGCUGAUAUCAGACAGGCCGGUCUGGAGGUUUUGGCGGUGAUCGCCUCUCAAGUAUGGGGACAAGAGUAUAUUUCUACUCAUCCGGGCCUGGUGGAGUUCCUAUUAGAUAGAAAUAUCGAAUCGUUCAAAGAGUGCAAGGAUGCUAAGUACGAAGUUGUGAAACGUUUGUCUCAGGCGGAGCGAGAUGUAUUCGAUGCGGAGACUAUACAGAAGUUCAAGCAAUUCGUUAAUGAAGGCCCGUACUUUGUCGAUAUCAAUACAGAAGUCGCGGUAGAAGGAGCUUUGUAAAGAGGAGGAAAGGGAGCAAAUCUUUGCAUUAUUACUUGAUAAAUAUUAAAGAUAUAUGUUAAUAUUAAAGAUAUAUGUUAAUAUUAAAAAUAUAUGUUAUAUCUUUAUAGAUACAUUAUUGUAACAUAAUACAUAAUGUAAACAACUUCUAUAAUAUGCGGCCUAUUUAUUCCUAUUUAUAUUUUUCAAAACAUUGAUUAUGAUUUGAAAAAUCAAGCUCUUGCAUUUAUUACAAAGCCGAUUUUACUUAUUAAAGUGUGUAUGCAUUUAUUCUUUUUCUCACAUAAUGAGAGAAACUCAUAUCAGAAUUUACAUAUAUUUAUCAUAUAUAUACAAAGAAAAAUAAUUUAUUUUACAUUUAGCGAUACACAGAAAAAUUCACACUUUAACAUAGUUUGAAACAAGAUGAAACAAGUGUUAAUACAAUGUGUAUAUGUAAUAACGUUUACAAUUAUUUUUUGUCAUCGUUUCACAGAUCUUUACAAAACUCAUACAUAAUAUGUGUAAAUACAUUUGUAUAAAUAACCGUACGAGGCGGUGUGUGCGUUAAAUAUAUGCUUUAGUCUCUCUAUAUUA